AUGUCUUUUUUGCCUGUCAACAACAUUUCUUCGCCACCGGACCGUGCCAUGGACGAUGCAAUCGCAACAUCGGCCACACCUCGCCCUCAUUCGGAUAGCAUGUCGAUGACACAGGACUCCGGGUUAUCAACCGAUAUUAAAGAGGAGCAUGGCUUACGGCCGGCGCACAUGACCCACGAAUCCCGUAGGAGCACACACUCGGUCUCGGACGAGACCAUACAAGCAGACUCAGACGCCGAACAAGAAGGCUCGGACCAUGAGUCAGAGCGGAAGGAGCAUGCACCGCCAUCGAAGAAGAAGAAGGGACAACGAUUCUACUGUACCGAUUUCCCGCCGUGCAACCUGAGUUUCACACGGAGCGAGCAUCUGGCUCGCCAUAUUCGAAAACACACCGGAGAGCGCCCGUUCCAGUGCCACUGUUCGCGACGAUUUUCCAGACUUGAUAACCUGCGGCAGCACGCACAAACUGUGCAUGUGAAUGAGGAGAUACCCGGUGAUUCGCUGGCGGCCACCGGCACUCGCUUCCAGCGUCAGAUUCGCACCGAUCGAGUGCGGCCCCAGGGUCGUGCGAGGGCUGGUACUGGAGGAAGCCAAGGAGCCCAUAGCAGAGGGCACAGCAGGAAUCUGUCCACCUCUAGUAUCGCAUCAACAACUUCAACAUUCAGCCAACCGGCAGAGCUGCGCCGGCGCCCGCCACCGCUGAUCAUGGCCAACGAUCCAACCACAAGAUCCAGGCUAGGUCUUGAUCCGAUGAUGGACGCUCCCACUACGCCGCCGGGUCAGGUCCGAGCCAUGCAUGGGCCUCCAGGCGGCUCUCCGUAUACGCCCACUCAUAUGUAUCCCGGUAACGCUUCUCCCAUGCACCCAUCAUCUCAGGUUGCGGGCUUCUGGGACGGCAAGACCGCAGCUCGACGACUAUCCGUCCCCUCCGGAGUUAAUCCGUUCUCGGGGGUCCACUAUCCUCAACCCUAUCCGGCCCCGAGUUACGGGCCACCAGGGGAAAUAUAUGCUAGUCCCGUCAGCGGGAAAUAUCCUCCAUCAAGGGAUGAAAGAGAAUACCCGACAGAAGCCGAGCUGCGGCGAAGAACGUGGCAUUUUUCAACGUGGCAGAAUGCACCACGCGCAGAAUAUAGUGGGAACCCUAACCCGCCACCCUCGGAAACGCUCCCCCCAGCUGUUGGGGGUAAUGACUCUGGGGAUCGGCCGCCCCGCUUACCGGGAAUUGAAAGUUUCGAUAAGUUUGCGAGACGGCCCUUGACACCACCUGUGCGCAGGCCGAGUCCGAUGCAAGUCGAUCCGCAACAUAAGCCGCCGGCUCCCGGCUACAAUAUCAGCGGCGGGUACAACUACGCACCGCCGUCGGCUCGACCAGCUCCGCCUGUUUCUGGCCCUGGUCAUCGACGCGGUCACGUCUCGUGGGAUAUGUCAUUGCACACGAACUUGACGGGUCUUCACAUCAGGGACAAGUCUCUCCCCAGGCGGGAUUCCUCGAACUGGAGCCAGCAAACUAUCUCAGAGCUUCGUAACGUUGGUUCUCGCCCAUCAUCGUCAUAUCAGCAACAGCUCCAGGAAUUCCGGGGUCACCAUAGCCAUGCAUCGUCUUCGUACAGUACUACAACGUCAGGUUCACAUGCUGCGCGAACGAGUCCUGAAGACUCGAGCAGCAGCGAGGGAGUCCACACGCCAUCAACGGCAUCCCUCGAGUACCACCCAGCCAUUGUGCACAAUAGCGGCUAUGUCGAGCCCCAUCAUCCUCCAUUCUCUUCUGAUACAUCCCAAACAGUACGCCCCCGUUAUCCUGGUGGACCGGUUGCGAUAGAUCACUGA